AUGUCGCGAGCUUCCAAGUUGACAUUUGCUGGUACGGGCUUAGUGACCGCGGGAAUUGUUUGGUUUGUCCACUGGUCGCAAGAACAGGAAAAGAUGUCUAUGCACAAAGGAGUCGAGCGAGACAUGGAGAAACAACGCAUUCAACAAGAGCGAAAGGCAGAGUUCGAGAUGCAGAGGAGGCUUGAGGAGGAAUACCUAAAGCUCCAAAAGGUCUCUCCGAGCACAGAUGGGCCACCGAGUGGAGGUCAGACAAAUUUGAAUCCAGGGUCAUGA